UGGGCGGAGCUUUCAUCUUUUCACCGAACUCAACAAACACCGCCCACCUCUGCUACGCUGGGAUACAAAGCUACAUUCCUUUAUUUCAGCUAGCCGGUAGCAUUAGCUAGCUAAGCUAAGCUCAUAUAUUGUGGAGCAGACAGGAUGGAGAGCAGCGAGGGAAUGGAGGUGGAUGGCUGGGACUCAACUCUGGAGGAAGAGCUGGGCAUUUCUCUGGAUGAGCUGAAGAAGUGGAUUGACGAUGUCGUGGAGAAGAGCGAGAUCGUGCAGAAGAAAAAGGCUCAGCUGACCGAGCUCAAGGAAUGGGUAGAGCAGAAAGAAGAAGAGGGGGCGAAGGCGGACAUGCUUCUCACCGAUGCCAACAAGUCCAUAUUGGAGUGUGAGAAACUCGUCAAGGCAACUUACCAAAAAAACGGUCUCGUUUACCCAGAGAGCAGCUCAGAUGAUGAGGGAGGCGGAGGAGGCGUGUUGUCCUCUGAGGUCAUCGAGAUAGACGAUGACGACGACGAUGAUGUCAUUGCUGUUGGCUGUUUGGUUCCUCCAAAGAAGCCCGCCACUCCUGGCAAAGAUCCAGCGUUAAAAGAAGCCUCCUCAGCGCUACAGAAAACCUCCCAGCAGGUGCAGAAGUUGGUCCAAAUGGUCGGCAAGCCUUCACCAGGAGCUCCAUUCCUCCGAUCUCCAUCACAGCCUCAAUCAGGUAUUCAGGGUGCAGUGCCAGCAGUGUUUGUGUCCCAGGCUCCGUCUCAGUCCAUGACCCAGCCGAACCCAAACGUAACAGAAGAUGAGCUCAGAGUCGGGAUGAUGAUUCUUGGAAAGAAACGCACCAAGACCUGGCACAGAGGCGCCCUCGUUGCUAUCAGCCCCGUCGGAAACGGUAUAUUCAAGUAUAAAGUGAAGUUUGAUAAAGGAAAGAGUCUGCUGUCUGGAAAUCAUGUGGCUUUCGAGUACAACCCCACACUGGAGAUUCUAUAUGUCGGCGCUCGUGUAGUCGCCAAGUACAAGGACGGCAACCUGGUGUGGCUCUAUGCUGGAAUAGUAGCAGAGAUGCCCAACAACAAGAACCGUAUGAGGUUUUUGAUCUUCUUUGAUGAUGGCUAUGCUUCAUAUGUGACUCUACCUGACCUUCACCCAGUUUGCCGACCAUUAAAGCGUACCUGGGAGGACAUAGAGGAUGUCUCGUGUCGAGACUUCAUUGAGGAGUACAUCACUGCAUAUCCCAGCAGACCUAUGGUGCUCCUAAAGGUCGGACAGAUCAUCAAGACCGAGUGGGAGGGAACCUGGUGGAAGAGCAAAGUGGAGGAGGUGGACGGAAGCUUGGUCAAGAUCCUCUUUUUGGAUGACAAGAGGAGUGAGUGGAUUUAUCGAGGCUCCACCAGGUUGGAGCCAAUGUUCAACCUGAAGAUGACCACCGCCAACACCCAGGAGAAGAAGCUGGCUGGCCAGCAGAGGAAUCGACCUAACAUGGGGGCGUUGAGGAGUAAAGGCCCAGUAGUUCAAUACACCAGUGACGGACAUGUUGGAGCCUCUCCCGUCAAAACGCCGCAGGCCUCACCCAGCCAGCCUUCCCAGACACCACAACAUCAACAGCGUCCUCAGCCCCCACAGCCCCCACAGCCCCCACAGCCACCACAGCCCCAACAAACCCAACAAACCCAACAAACCCAACAAACCCAACAAACUCAACAAACCCAGCAAACCCAGCAAACCCAACUGAUGCUUCAUCCUCCUCAGCCCCCACAGCCUCCACGUAUUGACAAUAAACAUCAGAUGGCAAAGAAGAGCACUUCUCCGUUUAUCCCAGGGGUGGGAGGCACUCAUGCCUCCAAAAUGAUGAUGCAGUCUCUUACUUCCAGUCCCGGCAACCUCUCUGGUGCAAGAAUUAUAAGUGUCCAAAAUAUUAGUACACCCACUUUCAUACAGUCGUAUCAGAGACUGCCCACUCUGGUCUCCGUCCCCACUGCUAUGACCCACGCGGUGGCCACUAUCCCACAUCAGCCCUCAUACCGCGCCCCGACGGACCGCAUCUUCUACCUGGCACACACUUGUCAGCCCGCAUGUCUGAAUCGUGUUCGACCUGCAAAAGCAGACGUGCACAGAGGAAAGAACCCCCUCCUCACACCUUUACUGUACGAUUUCAGACGCAUGACGGGGCGUCGCAAAGUCAACCGCAAGAUGUCUUUCCAUGUGAUCUACAAGGCUCCGUGUGGGCUUUGCCUGCGUAACAUGGGAGAGAUCCAGCACUACCUCUUCCAGACGCACUGUGACUUUAUAUUCUUGGAGAUGUUCUGUCUAGACCCCUACGUGCUAGUGGACCGGCCCUUCCAGCCACAGAGGCCGUUCUAUUACAUUCCCGACAUCACUUGUGGAAAGGAGGACAUCCCACUCUCCUGCGUCAACGAGAUCGAUUCCACCCCGCCUCCUAAAGUAGCUUACAGUAAAGAGCGUAUUCCUGAAGAUGGAGUUUACAUCAACACCAGUCCAGACUUCCUGGUUGGGUGUGAAUGCACCGACGGCUGUCGAGACAAGUCCAAAUGCUCUUGCCACCAGCUGACCCUUCAGGCUACAGGAUGUACUCCGGGGGCACAGAUCAACCCGAAUGCUGGAUUUUUGCACAAACGAUUAGAGGAGUGCCUCCCCACAGGUAUCUACGAGUGUAACAAGCGGUGCAAAUGCUGUGCUCAGAUGUGCACCAACCGGUUGGUGCAGCAUGGCCUGCAGGUGCGUCUCCAGCUCUUCAAGACCCAGAACAAAGGCUGGGGCAUCCGCUGUCUGGAUGACGUAGCCAAGGGCUCUUUUGUCUGCAUCUAUGCUGGUAAAAUCUUGACAGAUGAUUUUGCCGACAAAGAAGGUCUAGAGAUGGGCGACGAGUAUUUUGCCAAUCUGGACCAUAUAGAAAGUGUAGAGAACUUUAAGGAGGGCUAUGAGAGCGAGGCUCACUGUUCAGACAGCGAGGGGAGCGGCGUGGACAUGUCGAGGUUAAAAAUCCAACCAUCCGCUUUAGUAUCAUCUAACCCUGUUGGGAGACCGCCCAGAAAGGGUGAGUCCAAGUCCAAAGCCCAAAACCCAAGCUCUUCAGGGGACAGCAAUGACGAGGAUGACAAGGAUUCAAAGAGCGAAGAGGAAAGUGACAGUUCAGACGACACUUUUGUGAAGGAGAACUACUUCAGCUCCAGCUCUGUGUGGAGGAGUUACACCACACGUGGUCAAGUCAAGGGCAACAAGGAAGGUGAGCUGCUGGGAGGGAGUCAAGACAGUAAAGACGAAUUGAGCGCGUCAGCCAGAGGAGCCGAUGGCGAUAAGCCGCCGUCCAUGCCAGAGGAGACGGGGAAAAGCAAAGUGGCUUCCUGGCUCACCAGCCAGGGGCUGAAGAAGGAGUCCGGAGACGGCAAGAGUCAAGUGAAGAAGCAGGAUGUGAUGACUCUCUCUGACAGCGACGAUGUUCAGACCAUCAGCUCUGGAUCUGACGACAACAAGGAGAGAGAGAAAGUCACCCCGGGUGUGACUAAGAAGCAGGUAGCAGUGAAAUCAACACGUGGCAUCGCCCUAAAGGGCGGCCACGGGAUGAUGGUGAAAACAGGUGCACCUGGAGGCGGGGGAGGGCAUGGAGGUCAGGCAAGGAAAUCAGGACAGCAGGGAGAGACUGGAGGAGGCGGGGACAACGCUCACAAAAACACCCGCCUGUUCUUUGACGGCGAAGAGUCCUGCUACAUCAUUGAUGCCAAGCUGGAAGGAAACCUUGGGCGUUACCUCAAUCACAGCUGUAGUCCUAACCUUUUCGUCCAGAAUGUGUUUGUGGACACACAUGACUUGCGGUUUCCCUGGGUGGCGUUCUUUGCCAGCAAGCGGAUCCGGGCCGGCACAGAGCUGACCUGGGACUACAACUACGAGGUGGGCAGCGUGGAGGGGAAGGUGCUGCUCUGCUGCUGCGGAUCCACUGAGUGCAGAGGAAGACUGCUGUGAUCUGCAGCCAUCGUGGACUUCACUGCCUUUACUUUAUCUGUAGGAAACUUAGAGGAGCCCUUUGAACGCUGUAACGUUUGUUUCCGUUGUUUUUGUUUUUUAAGUUGAACUAUGACUUUUAUUAAAGCUGUUUUGUUGCCUUUUAUUUUAUAUGAACGUGUUUCCUGAUUUGUGUCAUUUUAUCCAUGACGUUUUUCUUUUACAUCUGAAUAAAAUGUGGUUUUCUUCAACGAACCAAA